AUGGAGAACACUACAACGGUCACUGAUUUUUUUCUACUGGGAUUUGAAGGCCUUCAAAGAUGUAAAUUUGUAUUAUUUGUCCUGGUUUUGAUGAUAUAUGUUGGUACGGUGGUUGGAAACCUUGUUAUAAUCGCUUUAAUUUCACUAAGUCAUUUUUUUAAUUCUCCUAUGUACUUCUUUCUCAGACAUCUGUCAUUCUGCGACAUCAUGUUCACUACCAACAUUGUUCCUAACAUGCUACGUGUCAUACUAGAGGAGGGAAGCAAAAUAUCUAUUCCAGGUUGUGUGGCUCAAUAUCACAUCUUUGGGUUCUCCGCAAGUACCGAGUCUUUCCUCCUCACCGUGAUGUCGUUUGACCGAUAUCUAGCCAUAUGUAACCCCCUUCAUUACAAUGCUAUUAUGGAUCUGAAACUCCAAUUCUACCUUGUCACCUCCUCUUGGAUGCUAAGUUUGAUGGUGACCAUAGUCUCACUUGUCCUUAUUUGCAUGCUACAUUUUUGCGGCCCUGAUGUGAUCAACCAUUUCUUCUGCGAUGUUGCCCCGCUUAUUGACCUUUCCUGUUCUGAUACAUCUAUGUUAGAAAUGGAAAUAUAUGUGUCCUCUGUACCUAUAGUACUUUUACCCUUUUUAUUCAUCACAGGGACAUACAUCUCUAUCUUUGUCGCUAUCAUGAGGAUACCUUCCACCACCGGAAGACAGAAAGCCUUCUCCACUUGUAGUUCCCACCUGAUUGUCGUGUGCAUGUACUUUGGAACACUUUUUGCUGUUUAUGUGGUCCCUAUCAGAGAAACGUCCAGGGAAGUAAACAAGAUUUUGUCUCUACUAUACACUGUGGUUACUCCGUUCUUCAACCCUAUCAUUUAUAGCCUGAGAAAUCAGGAUAUCAGAGUAGUGCUGGAGAAACAUAUCUGCAGAAGAAAUAUUAAUGACAAGUAA